GCACCGCUGGGACGUGGGCCGCGCGGGCGGGCGCAGUCCGGAGCCCGCAGGGUCGCGCCGGGCCCUCCCGGUCGUCUCGCGUCCCCGAGCGCCGCGCGCCCAGGGCGAUGGCCGUGCGCCCCGCGGGCCCCGCGGGCCCCGCGCGCCGCUGCCUGCUGGCGCUCGUGCUGUGCUGCGGCUGGGGGGCGCUGGCCACGGGGACCCCGAAGCCGGGCGCCGGCUGCCCGAGCCGCUGCCUGUGCUUCCGCAGCACCGUGCGCUGCAUGCAUCUGCUGCUGGAGGCCGUGCCCGCCGUGGCGCCGCAGACCUCCAUCCUGGAUCUGCGCUUUAACAGAAUCCGGGAGAUCCAGCCCGGGGCAUUCAGGAGGCUGAGAAACUUGAAUACGUUGCUUCUCAACAACAAUCAAAUCAAGAGCAUACCCAGCGGAUCAUUUGAAGACUUGGAGAAUUUAAAAUAUCUCUAUUUGUACAAGAAUGAGAUCCAGUCAAUUGACAGGCAAGCGUUUAAGGGACUUGCCUCUCUAGAACAACUAUACCUGCACUUUAAUCAGAUAGAAACUUUGGACCCAGAGUCAUUCCAACAUUUGCCGAAGCUGGAAAGGCUAUUUUUACAUAACAACCGAAUCACACAUUUGGUUCCAGGAACAUUCAGUCACUUGGAAUCCAUGAAGAGACUGAGACUGGACUCCAACGCGCUGCACUGCGACUGUGAAAUCCUGUGGCUGGCGGAUUUGCUGAAAACCUACGCCAAGUCCGGCAACGCACAGGCAGCCGCCACCUGUGAAUACCCACGACGUAUCCAGGGGCGCUCGGUGGCCACGAUCACCCCUGAAGAGCUGGACUGUGAAAGGCCCCGGAUCACAUCAGAGCCCCAGGAUGCAGAUGUCACCUCGGGGAACACUGUGUUUUUCACAUGCAGAGCAGAAGGCAACCCCAAACCCGAGAUCAUCUGGCUGCGAAACAACAACGAGCUGAGCAUGAACACAGAUUCCCGCCUCAACUUGCUGGAUGAUGGAACCCUGAUGAUCCAAAACACACAGGAGACAGACCAGGGGAUUUACCAGUGCAUGGCGAAAAAUGCCGCCGGGCAGGUGAAAACACAAGAAGUCACCCUCAGGUACUUUGGGUCUCCAGCCCGACCCGCUUUUGUAAUCCAGCCACAGAACACGGAGGUGCUGGUCGGCGAGAGUGUCACCCUGGAGUGCAGCGCCACAGGCCACCCCGUGCCGCGGAUCACCUGGACCAAAGGGGACCGCACGCCCCUGCCUGAGGACCCUCGCGUGAGCAUCACCCCCUCUGGCGGCCUGUACAUUCAGAACGUCCAGCAGGACGACAGUGGGGAGUACACGUGCUUCGCAUCCAACAGCCUGGACAGCAUCCACGCUGCGGCUCUGAUCAUCGUCCAGGCUCUUCCCCAGUUCACCGUGACCCCUGCGGACAGAGCUGUUAUCGAGGGCCAGACGGUCGAUUUCCAGUGUGAGGCCAAGGGCUACCCACAGCCGGUCAUAGCGUGGACCAAGGGAGGGAGCCAGCUGUCCGUGGACCGGCGACACCUCGUCCUCUCCUCGGGAACGCUCAGGAUCUCGGGUGUGGCGCUCCACGACCAGGGCCAGUACGAGUGCCAGGCUGUCAACAUCAUCGGCUCCCAGAGGGCUGUGGCCCACCUGACCGUGCAGCCCAGAGUUACCCCGGUGUUUGCCAGCACUCCGAGCGACAGGACGGUGGAGGUGGGCACCAACGUGCAGCUCCCCUGCAGUGCCCAGGGGGAGCCUGAGCCCGUCAUCACCUGGAACAAGGAUGGGGUUCAGGUGACGGAAAGCGGGAAGUUUCAUAUCAGCCCCGAGGGGUUCUUGACCAUCCACGACGUCGGGACCGCGGACGCAGGCCGCUACGAGUGUGUGGCCAGGAACACUAUCGGGCAGGCCUCCGUCAGCAUGGUGCUCAGCGUGAGCGUUCCUGACGUCAGCCGAAACGGGGACCCGUUUGUGGCCAAAUCGAUUGUUGAAGCAAUUGCGACUGUGGACAGAGCCAUAAACUCAACCCGCACACACCUGUUUGACAGCCGUCCCCGUUCUCCCAAUGACCUGCUGGCCUUGUUCCGGUACCCGAGGGACCCCUACACCGUGGAGCAGGCACGCGCGGGAGAGAUAUUUGAGCGGACGUUGCAGCUGAUUCAGGAGCACGUGCGGCACGGGCUGAUGGUCGACCUGAAUGGAACAAGUUACCACUACAACGACCUCGUGUCCCCCCAGUACCUGAGCCUCAUCGCCAACCUGUCCGGCUGCACGGCUCACCGGCGCGUGAACAACUGCUCGGACAUGUGCUUCCACCAGAAGUACCGCACGCACGACGGCACCUGCAACAAUCUGCAGCACCCCAUGUGGGGCGCCUCGCUGACCGCCUUCGAGCGCCUGCUGAAGGCCGUGUACGAGAACGGGUUCAACACCCCGCGGGGCAUUGACCCCGGUCGGCUGUACCACGGCCACGCGCUGCCCGUGCCUCGCUUGGUGUCCACGUCCCUGAUUGGGACCGAGACCGUCACGCCCGACGAGCAGUUCACGCACAUGCUCAUGCAGUGGGGCCAGUUUCUGGACCACGACCUGGACUCCACGGUGGUGGCCCUGAGCCAGGCUCGCUUCUCCGACGGACAGCACUGCAGCUCUGUGUGCAGCAACGACCCCCCCUGCUUCUCGGUCGCCGUGCCCCCCAACGACCCCCGCGUCAGGAACGGGGCUCGCUGCAUGUUCUUCGUGCGUUCCAGCCCCGUGUGCGGCAGCGGGAUGACGUCCCUCCUCAUGAACUCCGUGUACCCGCGGGAGCAGAUCAACCAGCUCACCUCCUACAUCGACGCCUCCAACGUGUACGGGAGCACGGAGCACGAGGCGCGCGCCAUCCGGGACCUGGCCAGCCACCGGGGGCUCCUGCGGCAGGGCAUCGUGCAGCGGUCGGGGAAGCCGCUGCUGCCCUUUGCCACCGGGCCACCCACGGAGUGCAUGCGGGAUGAGAACGAGAGCCCCAUCCCCUGCUUCCUGGCCGGGGACCACCGCGCCAACGAGCAGCUGGGCCUGACCAGCAUGCACACGCUGUGGUUCCGGGAGCACAACCGCGUGGCCGCCGAGCUGCUCUCCCUGAACCCGCACUGGGACGGGGACACCAUCUACCACGAGGCGAGGAAGAUCGUGGGCGCGCAGGUGCAGCACAUCACCUACCAGCACUGGCUGCCCAAGGUGCUGGGCGAGGUAGGCAUGAAGGCGCUGGGCGACUACCGCGGCUACGACCCGGGCGUCAAUGCCGGCAUCUUCAACGCCUUCGCCACGGCUGCCUUCAGGUUCGGCCACACGCUGGUCAACCCCGUGCUCUACCGGCUGGACGAGAACUUCGAGCCCAUCGUGCAGGGACACAUCCCCCUGCACAAAGCCUUCUUCUCUCCCUUCCGCAUUGUGAACGAGGGCGGCAUCGACCCGCUGCUCAGGGGCCUGUUCGGCGUGGCCGGGAAGAUGCGUGUCCCCUCGCAGCUGCUGAACACGGAGCUCACCGAGAGGCUCUUCUCCAUGGCCCACGCGGUGGCCCUGGACCUGGCCGCCAUCAACAUCCAGCGGGGCCGGGACCACGGCAUCCCGCCCUACCACGAAUACCGAGUGUACUGCAACCUGUCGUCCGCCCACACCUUUGAGGACCUGAAAAAUGAGAUCAAGAACCCCGAGAUCCGGGAGAAGCUGAGACGGUUAUACGGGUCCCCCCUCAACAUCGACUUAUUUCCUGCCCUCAUGGUAGAGGACUUGGUCCCUGGCAGCCGACUGGGACCGACCCUGAUGUGCCUGCUGAGUACACAGUUCAAGCGGCUGAGAGAUGGGGACAGGGAUCUGAGCUUCUGCUUCCUGGCUGUUUCCCCGCGCCUGCGCGGGGCCUCCGGGCGUCUGACCUUGCUCUCACUUGGAAACAGGCUGUGGUACGAGAGCCCGGGGGUGUUCUCCCCGGCGCAGCUGACACAGAUCAAGCAGACGUCGCUGGCCAGGAUUCUGUGCGACGACGCGGACAACAUCACGCGUGUGCAGAGGGACGUGUUCAGGGUGGCCGAGUUCCCCCACGGCUACAGCAGCUGCGACGACAUUCCCCGCGUGGACCUGCGCGUGUGGCAGGACUGCUGCGAAGACUGCCGGACCCGGGGACAGUUCAACGCGUUCUCGUAUCAUCUCCGAGGCAGGCGGUCCCUGGGGUUCAGCUACCAGGAGGACGGCCCCGCCGGGGGAGCAGGACCCGGGGGGACACCAAGCGUGGGGCAGCACAGAAAGCGCCCCGGCAAUGCCACGGCCGUGUCCCGCGAGCGUCCACAGGUUCCAGGGACGAACGACUUCAAGGACUUCGUUGUGGAAAUGCAGAAGACCAUCACGGACCUCAGAGAGCAGAUAAAGAGGCUGGAGGCCCGGCUCAGCGCCACAGACUGCACGGACGCAGACGGGGAGCCUCACGCCAACGGCGCCACGUGGAAGCAAGACGCGUGUACCACCUGCGAGUGCCGUGACGGGCAGGUCACGUGCUUUGUGGAAGCCUGCCAGCCUGCCGGUUGCCCAGCGCCCGUGAGAGCCCCCGGGGCCUGCUGUCCGGCCUGCCCGAGAGACGGCUCGGGGAAGAGGCCGUAGGCUCCACGAAGCCUUCGGCGCCCACGCAGGGCGUGUGGACGAGAGGGACCAUCGCCGCCCGGGACCCCUUCUGUCUCCGGAGGAGCACAGGUGCUUAGACCAGAGCGUUGGCGGAGGAGAAACCACGGACACACGUCCUGACUUCACGUUAGAUUCUCAGGUUUUUAUUUAAGUUUUUUUAAUGACAAAUUGGUGCUACUAGUAAAUGGCACGAUCCAGUUAUUUAGGCUCCUGGAUUCGUGUCCCUGGACGCUACUCGUCUCCCCAACCAAACGCUCGUCCCGCUGGGCUCCGACGCCUGGAGCUCGGCAGCCGCCCGCCGUGAGGGCGCGUCACGGAGCCGCCAGAAGGAAGCGCACUGCAGGGAGAGCGAGAUCAGGACUCGGCCGAUGGGCAGGCUGCUGGGGGAGCCGGCUGACGUCCGGGCGGCGGGUGCGGGCUCCCCGGCCCCGACCCGACACCAGCACGGAGCACACGGCCCCGCGGCUCAGCCCCCGCUCGCCGGCGACCUCCAGCACGUCUCCCGUGAGGACAUCCAGCCACGUCCAGAAACCACGGCUUGCGUGGCGCCGCCUGGGGUGGACCGAGUGUGGAACCCCCCUCCCCCCCAUUCCUACUCAACCCCGGGUGUGGUGCCCGCACGGAGGCCUCUCCCGACGGAGGUGUCGGUGUUGGCGACUUUCUGACUUCAGGUUGUGUAAGUGCCUUAAGGAAACAAUCAGUCCCUAUACCUCAUUUGUGUUUUCAAAGUGCAGGAUGUUUGACGAGAUUGCGCCCGUGUUUGCGGUGUUCGGGUGGCAGAGAAAUGCCUUCCACUGUGCGAAAGUCGUCUCCGAAUUCAGUGAAGAGCAACCAUCAUACCUCGUGGUCUCUCUUUUCAAUUGACCAGAAACCUCCUUCUUUGUUUUCAAUAUGAAGUGAUCUGUGUCCUCAGAAACGUGUCCCUGAACGUGCGGGCACCGUGGGAAGUGCCCCGAGGUCACAGGUGGUUUCGUAUGUGGGGGGCGCAUCCCGGGCUGGGGGGUCGGGGGCACCCCAUCCCUGGGGUGGCCAGGAGGCCGUCGGGCACGUCGUGAGCAGUUUUGAAGCCUGACCUGGGCCCGGCACGGCCUUCCUUCCGGAAGCAGGAGACCCCGGCUCUGUGACCAGCCGGCCCCAACCGCGGGAGGGAGUGCACAUCCCCGCCAUGAGCGUGUUCACAGCGGCUCUAAACACAGCCAACUUGACUUCUCAUCCUCGUCACGUUGAGUGGUAAAUACAAGCUGGUGUUCCGUGGGGCGUGGGACUGCCCCUGAGGGAUCAAGUCACUUUUAACACCCAACCCCUAGAACCGAUUUCUGUCGAGUAGAGAGCGGAGGACUGUCCACAGCGUGACAGUUGUGGAGGUUGCUCAGGUGUAGAACGACAGCGGACCCCACCCUCCGCCAGCGGCCGGCGUCUCCAGGCGCCUUGGUGGCGGAUUGUGGUUUUGCUUGGAGGCACAUGCACGUGGGCUAGAACGGGUGACUGGGACCGUGUCCUCUACCCGGAGGCGCGGCUGCCUGUGACUCGCGGUGCCUGUCUGGAACCGCAGCUGGAACGUGGAAUGUGGCGGGGCCACCGGAUCAAUCUCACGCGGAGCGUCCGAGCUGCGGGCGGGGUCCUGGGGCCCUCUCGGCAGCCACGGUGACGUGAGGCGAGUGUACAUAUUUAUUUACUUUCUGAUGUUGCCAACAGACAAGUGCCUUUUUACGUUCAUUGUAACCAGUUCAUACCAAAGAAACGUUUGCACUAUGUAACGAUGCCUUCAGUUCAAAUAAACGGGCCACGUUUUCAAACGGA